UGUAUUGACCACCACACUGAUCAGAGAGGGAAAUGGCCGGAAAAAUGCUGGAGAGAGUGCACUCUCUUCGCAGGCCGGCGCAGUUCAGCGGCGGCGGCGAAGACGACGCCGAAGACGCCGGCGAUGAAUCGAAGACGAGGAAGCACAUGUCGGUGGUAAUGAGGGCCACCAAUUACUUGACCCGAACGCUACCCGGUGGUGGUUGCCUCUGCCCGUUAUUCCUCGUCCUCUCCUUUCUGCUCCUCCUCUUUGUAUCUUCUCUCGUCAUUAGGUCUCGUUGUUCGGUUUGCGUCGGCUCGUCAGCGUACGAUCCCGUCUCUCGUAUGCGCUUCUUCGGUUAUGAGGACCCCGAUUCUGAUUUUGGAUCCCUCGGCGUGCCCUGGUGCAGAUCGAAACAUGGGAAAACUGUUGAGUGGACAUCCAAAGAUUUGCUAAAGGGCCUGGAAGAGUUUGUACCGAUAUAUGAAACAAGGCCAAUAAAAAUUAACAUGUAUGGGAUGGGUUUUGACCAUAGCUUUGGGCUCUGGUUCUUUGCGCGGUGGCUCAAGCCUGAUUUGAUGAUUGAGAGUGGUGCUUUCAAGGGGCAUUCAACUUGGGUUUUGCGGCAAGCAAUGCCAGACAAGCCCAUUGUGUCACUGUCACCCCGCCAUCCUGAGAAGUAUCUUAAAAAGGGACCAGCUUAUGUAGAUGGCAACUGCACAUACUUGGCCGGAAAGGAGUUUGUGGAUUUUGGGAGUCUUAACUGGGGAAGUGUGAUGAAGAAACAUGGAAUUACUGAUCUCAGUCAGGUUCUUGUCUUCUUUGAUGAUCAUCAGAAUGAAUUGAAACGGCUCAAACAAGCACUGAAAGCUGGCUUCAGGCAUCUUGUUUUUGAGGACAACUAUGAUACUGGAACUGGAGACCACUAUUCAUUGAGACAGAUAUGUGAUCAAUUCUAUGUAAGAGGUGGUGGCCAUAGUUGCUUUAAAGAUAGCGAUGAAGCUAGGAUAAGAUCAAGACGGAAGAAUUUCUGGGAAAAAGCUGUUGAUAUAAAAGAGUUAUGUGGGCCUGGUGAAGCAUGGUGGGGUGUUAGGGGGCAUAUGCGAGAUGACUUUAACCACAGUAACAAGGCAAUCACCUAUGCGGAACACUUCCAGAACAGCAGGUUUGUGGAGUCAGUCCUAGAUGUUUAUUGGGAGCUCCCACCGGUGGCUGGCCCUUCACUUACUCAUCAAAACAGAUACGAUCCUGCCCGUGCACCCACUCCCAUUGUUGAAGAUGGCAGGUUUGGCUUGUUCCAGAGGCUUGGCUUGACCAGACUUGAGAAUUCUGUGUUCAAUGGAUACACUCAAAUGGUGUAUCUUCAAAUAUCUGCCCAAAAAUCUUGAAGCCAUCUAAAGUAGGGGUGAAAUCUAGGGAUCUGUUAAUAUGAUGCAUGCCUUACAUACGCCCUUUUCUUUUCUUUUCUUUUUUCUUUUUUUCCAAAUGCCAUGUUUACUAGUUUUUCCCUUUAAAGAGCUCACAUUCGAGAGUUAUUUCAGACAUCUAUGAAGAUCAGUUGGCCGUAGCGCAGUUUAUUCUUUGUUGCUGCAAAUUUUUACUUGUUUAGAAUCGUUUGUUUCUUUGUACUUGUAAUCCUUCUCUGGAAAACAAAGACAAAAUUGCUGA